AUGGGCGUCCCGAACUCAAGAGCCUCCCUGCUCAGUCUGGUCUCACUCAAGCGGCAACCCAACCAGGAAUCGAUUCGAACGAUCAAGUUCAAACUCAUUAGACCGGCCUCAACAACAACCACCAGCUCAUCAUCAACCACCUCGACAAACCCCCAACUCCUUCAUCAUCAUCAUCAACACCACCAGAAAAAGAAGAUUCCUAUCAACCAUCGGUCGCUCACCAGUCUUCCACCCAAUCACCAUCAACUCUCCUUCUUUGACCCCUCAGCCAGCCUCAACUCAUCCGACUAUCCUUCUGGUCAUCAGAUCUUCCAACCUAUCGAUCCAUCCGCCUGCCACCCUUCCACUGUCCCAGCCUCAUCAUCCUCUUCUGCCCCUCCCCACUCUCGCUCCCCCUCAUCACCCUCAAAUCAAUCAGGAACAAGAUCUACUCACACAAACUCUUCCGGUCAGACUUCAUCAACCCUCCUUAACCAUUCAUCCGAACCGGAUCCCACCCACGAUUAUCAUCACCUCAGUAGUAGAUCAACAACCUCCCAUCUGUCUCCUCACAACCAAUUCAGUCCACUCAAUCUCUACGGCCACUCUCAAUCCAACAAGAACCAUCAACUGCUAGAACCAUCGAAGUCAUCAUUCCUACAGAAAAAGAACGUCUUCGUCUUCAGGAAUGGCGCUAGUGGAAUUCCCAAGAACCGUUUCCAUGGUGGCGCUGGAGGUGGUGGCAACUCCAAUAACAGCAACAGUAGUACCCCCAACACUACUAGCAUCAAUCCUGAAGCUGAGAAGCUAAACCCGAUGAGCAGUGUUCAAGUUGGAGAGGAUUCUUACUUUCUGAGAAGUGACAGCCUGGGCGUCGCCGAUGGUGUUGGUGGUUGGAGUGGAAAACCGGGUGCGAAUCCGGGGUUGUUUUCGAGCAAGCUCAUGCAUCAUUGUUCGACAGAAAUAUCUCGAUAUGAAGACAUAGAUGAUGUUCGCUUUCUCUCCUACAAUGCAAUCGACCCUGUUGAAAUCCUGCAACACGCCUUCGAACGCUCCAUCCACGAAUCAAAACUAGAAGGUUUAUUAGGCUCCACGACUGCUUUGAUUGCUAUCCUUCGCGAUGACGAACUGAGAAUUGCCAAUCUUGGAGAUUGUUGUUGCUCUGUUAUUCGCGGAAACGAUUUCAUCUUCAGAAGCGAAGAACAGCAACAUUCUUUCAACUAUCCCGUUCAGAUCGGUACCAACUCCAAAUCCACGCCCACCAGGGAUGCUCAGCGGUACAACAUCAAAGUGCAAAAAGACGAUAUUGUCAUCUUGGGAUCGGAUGGAUUGGCGGAUAAUCUGUUCGAUGAAGACAUUUUAGAAGAAGUGCUGAAGUUCACAACGAUCUCAAACGAAGACCAUGCCAAUCCCGGUGGUGCCGGAGCAGCACUUCCGCGGCCGUUUACCCCACAAAUGAUCUCCGACUCGUUAUGUCUAAAAGCUAGAACGGUAGUUGAAGAUCAGCAAGCGGUUACCUCUCCAUUUUCACAACGAGCAAACGAGGAAGGGAUUCAUUACGUUGGUGGCAAGAAUGACGAUAUCUCCGUCCUAGUAGCUAUCGUUGGCGAUCAAAAUGAUACUUAG